GUUAUUAUUUUAAUACAUGAUAGUACUAUGUUUGCUUCAUUUUGCUUGUUUCUGUCAUAAAACUUCCUUAGAGGAAACGCGAGCGGCUAAGUCCCGGACUUCCUGUUUAGUGCUCGGUUAUUGACUGGUAGAAAGGGAUGAGGUCCUCGGGAGAAAAGAAAACCACCCAAUGAAACUGGAAUAAAAGUUCACCCAAAAUGAGCUGGAUUCCCUUCAAGAUUGGGCAGCCAAAGAAGCAGAUUGUUUCUAAAACUGUUGAAAGAGACUUCGAGCGAGAAUAUGACAAGCUCCAAAAGCUGGAGGAUCAGACGAAAAAGCUUCACAAGGACAUGAAGAAAAGCACUGAGGCUGAUUUAGCAAUGUCCAAAGCAGCGGUGAAGAUCUCUGCAGACCUGCUGAGCAACCCUCUGUGUGAGCAGGACCAGGCAUUCCUGGAGUCCAUGACUGCUUUAGAUACGGCCAUGAGAAGGAUGGACUCCUUCAACCAGGAGAAGGUCAACCAGAUCCAGAAGACCGUUAUCGACCCUCUGAAAAAGUACAGCGGCGUCUUCCCCAGCCUCAACAUGGCAGUGAAACGUCGGGAACAGGCGCUGCAGGACUACAAACGUUUGCAAUCCAAAGUGGAGAAGUACGAAGAGAAAGAAAAAACCGGGCCCGUUAUGGUCAAACUACAUCAGGCCAGAGAGGAGCUCAGGCCGGUCAGGGAGGACUUUGAGGCCAAGAACAAGCAGCUGCUGGACGAGAUGCCCAAGUUCUACCACAGCCGCAUCGACUACUUCCAGCCCAGCUUUGAGGCUCUCAUUCGGGCGCAGGUGGUGUAUUUCACCGAAAUGUACAAGAUCUUCAGCGAGUUAACAGAUCAGAUCGACCAGGCAGGGUUGACUGAUGAGCAGAGGGAGAGGGAGACCGAGGCCAAGCUCAGCGAGUUGCGUGCUCUGUCCAUUGUUGCCGACGACUGAGGGUGGAAAGCCGUAACCGGGAAGGGCUCCUUUCAUGCCUCUCUGAAUGGAUUGCACUCUUUUCAGGCUCCUCCAAACAGUUCAAACGAACAGCAGUGGCCUUUUCCUGAUUAUCAGUUUGUUUCCUUGCGGCCUCAUCAUCACUCCCCAUUCUUCAUGCACUACAAUCCCAUGUUUUAUUCUCUCUUCAAAGACUCUCUGCAGCUGAAAUGCCACAUUAACUAAGCCAUCAGCCAAGUGCAACAUUAUAAGCCAAUGUGUUUUUUUUUUUUUUUUUUUUU